AUGAUGUGCGAGGUGAUGCCCACCAUCAGCGAGGACACGGCUCAGCGGGGCUCCCAGAGCAGCGCCUCGGACCCAGACUCCCACUUUGAGCAGCUGAUGGUCAACAUGCUGGAUGAGAGAGACCGCCUGCUGGACACGCUGAGGGAGACCCAGGAGAGCCUGGGGAUGUCCCAGCAGCACCUGGAGGACGUUAUCUACGACCGGGACUCACUGCAGCGCCAGCUCAGCUCCGCCCUGCCACAGAGCUUAGAGAGUCUCAUGGGUGUGUUGGCAGACUCCCCCAACUUAGGUGCUAAUCCUCCUGAGUUUGCAGCCCUGACCAAGGAGCUGAACGUGUGCAGAGAGAACCUUCUGGAGAAGGAGGAGGAGAUCUCUGAGCUCAAGGCCGAGAGGAACAACACCAGGUUGCUUCUGGAGCAUCUGGAGUGCCUGGUGUCCAGGCAUGAGCGGUCACUGCGUAUGACCGUGGUCAAGCGGCAGGCCCAGUCCCCCUCAGGCGUGUCCAGUGAGGUGGAGGUCCUCAAAGCGCUCAAGUCCCUGUUCGAGCACCACAAAGCUCUAGACGAGAAGGUGAGGGAGAGACUGCGGGUGUCGCUAGAGAGGGUCUCUGCAUUGGAGGAGGAGCUAACAUCAGCCAACCAGGAGAUUGUGGCCUUACGGGAGCAGAAUGCCCACAUCCAGAGGAAGGUGGCGUCGGGGGACGGGUCAGAGGACAUACUGGAGGGCACUGAUGCCAGCCAGAAGGUACAUAGCAAGCGCCUGUCCAACGGCUCCAUGGAGUCGGCCCAUGAGGCGGGCCAGGUGGUGGAGCUGCAGGACCUGCUGGAGAAGCAGAACUAUGAGCUGGCCCAGAUGAAGGAGCGCAUGUCUUCCCUGUCGUCCCGCGUCUCCGAGGUGGAGCAGGAGCUGGACACCGCGCGCAAGGACCUCAUCAAGACAGAGGAGAUGAGUACCAAGUACCAGAGGGACAUCAAAGAGGCUAUGUGUCAGAAGGAGGACAUGGAAGAGAGGAUCGUCACUCUGGAGAAGCGGUACCUCAGCGCCCAGAGAGAGUCCACCUCCCUGCACGACAUCAGCGACAAACUGGAGAAUGAGCUGGCCAAUAAGGAAGCCUUCCUCAGACAGAUGGAGGAUAAGAACAGGCAGCUGCUGGAGCGUUUGGAGCUAGCAGAGCAGAAGCUGCAGCAGACCAUGAGAAAGGCUGAGACCCUGCCAGAGGUUGAGGCUGAACUGGCUCAGAGGAUAGCAGCACUCACCAAGGCGGAGGAGCGCCACGGCAGCAUCGAGGAACGCAUGAGGCACCUGGAGGGACAGCUGGAGGAGAAGCACCAGGAGCUGCUCAGAGCUCGGCAGAGAGAAAAGAUGAACGAGGAACACAACAAGCGCCUGUCGGACACGGUGGACAGACUUCUCACAGAGUCCAACGAACGUCUUCAGCUCCACCUGAAAGAGAGGAUGGCUGCUCUGGAAGAGAAGAAUGUUUUAAUACAAGACUCGGAAGGCUACAGAAAACAGUACGAGGAUUCAAUCCAUGAAAAAACUCAUCUGGCAGAUGAGAUAGACAAGCUGAGAUCAGAGUUGGACCAGUUCCGACUGAGAACAGGCUCACUCACAGAACCCACUCUGUCACGGUCUCACCUGGACACGUCGGGGGAGCUCCGCUUCUCCCUGGGCUCCCUAGCUGAGACCCAGUCAGACCACUACCGGUCAGCCAAGGUCAUCCGCAGGCCCAGGAGAGGACGCAUGGGUCUCCGCAGGGACGAGAGCAAGGCUAAGUCACUGGGGGAGCACGAGUGGCGCUCUCAGCAGCUAGGCAUCCUGGGUAGCCACCCGUUUGAGAGUGAGAUGUCUGAUAUGUCGGACAUUGAUGACGAUGACCGGGAGACCAUGUUCAGCUCCAUGGACCUGCUGUCCCCCGGCGGUCACUCAGACGCCCAGACCCUAGCCAUGAUGCUGCAGGAGCAGCUGGACGCCAUUAACAAAGAGAUACGACUGAUCCAGGAGGAGAAGGAGUCGACAGAGCUGCGGGCGGAGGAGAUAGAGAACCGUGUGGCCAGCGUUAGCCUGGAGGGUCUCAACCUGGCCCGUAUGCACCACCCCGGAGCCUCCAUCACCGCCUCGGCCACCGCCUCCUCCCUGGCCUCUUCCUCCCCGCCCAGCGGACACUCCACCCCCAAGUUGGACCACCGCAGCACCGCAGACAUGGAGCGCAUGGGUAUCAUGACACUGCCCAGUGAUCUGAGGAAACACAGGAGAAAGAUUGCGGCCACAGACGAUGACGGCCAGGACAAGGCUACCAUCAAGUGUGAGACGUCCCCUCCUCCCACGCCCCGGACCGUACGCAUGACCCGCACACUGCCAGCCUCCUCACACAAUGAGGCCCGAGGCAUUGCUGCCAGCCUGGAGGCAGAGGCCAGUGCGCUGAGCAGCGUAGCCAGCAGUCAGGACUCCAUCAACAAGCAGCCCAAGAAGAAGGGCAUCAAGUCCUCCAUCGGACGCCUGUUUGGCAAGAAGGAGAAGACCAGACUGGCACAGCUGCAUGCCCACAGGGAGGCCAUCGGGCAGAGCCAAGAGGACAUGGCUGUGGGGAAGCUGGGGACUCAGGCUGAGAAAGACCGCCGGCUGAAAAAGAAGCACGAGCUGUUGGAAGAGGCGAGGAGGAAAGGCUUACCUUUCGCCCAAUGGGACGGCCCCACAGUGGUGGCCUGGCUGGAGUUGUGGCUGGGGAUGCCCGCCUGGUACGUGGCGGCAUGUCGUGCCAACGUGAAGAGCGGUGCCAUCAUGUCUGCCCUGUCGGACACAGAGAUCCAGAGGGAGAUUGGCAUCAGUAACCCCCUGCACCGCCUCAAACUACGCCUGGCCAUCCAGGAGAUGGUCUCCCUCACCAGUCCAUCUGCUCCGCCAACCUCCAGAACCCCGUCAGGCAAUGUAUGGGUGACCCACGAGGAAAUGGAGACCCUCGCAGCACCCUCCUCGAAAACGAGGUCUGGGGAGUCCGAGGAGGGGAGCUGGGCGCAGGUAAAGGAUUUUUCGACUCUAGCGUAUGGUGACAUGAACCAUGAGUGGAUAGGGAAUGAGUGGUUGCCCAGUCUAGGACUACCUCAGUACCGCAGCUACUUCAUGGAGUGUCUGGUGGACGCCCGCAUGCUGGACCACCUCACCAAGAAGGACCUCCGGGUGCAUCUCAAAAUGGUGGACAGCUUUCACAGGACGAGUUUGCAGUAUGGUAUCAUGGGUCUGAAGAAGCUCAACUAUGACAGGAAAGAGCUGGAGAGACGCAGAGAGCACAGCCAGCAUGAAAUGAGAGACGUGCUGGUGUGGAGCAACGAGCGGGUGAUUCGCUGGGUCCAGAGCAUCGGUCUAAAGGACUAUGCCAACAUCCUGCUGGAGAGCGGCGUGCACGGGGCCCUGGUCGCCCUCGACGACAACUUUGACCACACCAGCCUGGCGCUGCUCAUCCAGAUCCCCAACCAAAGCACUCAGGCACGUCAGAUUCUAGAGAGGGAAUAUAAUAACCUGCUAGCCCUGGGCACUGAGAGACGACUGGACGAGGUGAGUGACUCCUAUAAUGACCUCCGGGGGCCAUCGUGGAGGAGGCAGUUCCCCCCGAGGGACGUCCACGGGAUCAGUAUGAUGCCCGGCUCGGCAGAGACCCUCCCCGCUGGCUUCCGCGUCACCACCGGCUCACACUCCCGUAGGCUACCCCCCGAAGUUGGCCCCUUAGCAGUGCAGCGUCUGGACAGCUCUACAGUGAGGACCUACUCCUGCUGA